AUGUUCUCUUUAGUCAAAGACAAGCACGAACAUGCAUGGGCCAUCAUGAAGAUUGAAGAUAAACAGGCAGUUGUGGUUAAGGAGACUCAUGGCAAACUAGAAUCCAGAACUGAUGUAGAAAAAAACAGGAAACUCUUCGGCGAGAUGUUGCAGAAGGUUGAGGAACUGGGAGGGCCCUGUUACAUCCUCUUUGACUUAGUUUAUGAACAGAGCAGUGGUAGUUCCAAAGAUAAACCAAUUUACAUAUAUUGGUGCGAUGAUGACACGGUUGGAGUAAAGGAAAAGAUGAUGUAUGCCGCAACUAAUAAUGAAUUGAAGAAGCAAUGUGAUGGAUUCGCACCAUACGAAUUGCAUGAUAAAGAUGAUUUCAAUUUCAAAUUUGUUUCUGACGAUUUGAAAGGAAAGGACAGGCAAUAA